AUGGAACAAAAUCCAACGGUGUUAGCCAAGAAAGUUUGGAGCUUCAUUCGUGUGCCCUAUUUCAUGCUUCGAAAAGGGAUAUCCAAGAGAAAAUUGUUGUUGGACCUCAACAUGAUGAUUAAACGUGGCAAGAUCUCCGGAAAGGCCUUACACAACAGUAUUUUCCACCACCAUAACAACCGGGCGGCUUUCACCACCAACCACCGCUCCCACCACCUCUCUUUCACAUCUUCCCCGCCUGAUGAAUACGAGUUCAGCUGCACCAACAGCCCUACCAAUGGUGACGAUCACCCAUUCUCUCCAAUUUCACCUCGAAAGAAACAUCACUCCAACUGUAAACCGGCGGAGGAUCUUGAUACGAUGGCCGUCAAUGCUGUGCUUAAAGCCAUGGAGAUGAUUCACAGCGAGGCAGUGUCACCGGCGCUUCCUGGGUAUGGGAGGAGUCCGAUGGUUAGGCAGCUGAGGGUUACCGACUCUCCGUUUCCGUUGAGUGGUGUGGAUGAGGACAACCAUGUAGAUGAGGCGGCGGAGCAGUUCAUAAGUCGGUUCUAUAACGACUUAAGGCAGCAGUCGUCGUGA